UGAGCCGAGAGUAGUAUAGUCCCUUUGUUCGAAAAGCAUUUACGUUUUGUGACAUAGGAAACAUUGGAAAUCUAGGAUGACCGAUCCGAAAAAUGAGAUGCACUACACGCCACCGACGUCGAAACAGACGAAACCUUUUCCGAUUCGAGGGGAACGGGCUAAUUUCGUAAACAAGCCCCAUGUAAUCGCCAUGGUGGGUUUGCCAGCUCGAGGCAAGACCUAUAUUUCGAAGAAGCUCUGCAGGUAUCUCAAUUGGAUCGGAAUAAACACGAAGGUCUUCAAUCUCGGCGAGUAUAGAAGGCAUGCGACGACUGCCUAUCAAUGCCAUGAAUUUUUCCGUGCGGAUAACAUAAAAGCCAUGGCGAUAAGAACGCAAUGUGCCAUGGAUGCACUGAACGACGUUUGUCGUUGGCUCGAGAGUGGCGACGGAGAAGUUGCCGUUUUCGAUGCUACUAAUUCUACCGUCGAUCGACGUAGGAUGAUACGCGAUAUCGUUGUAGGAAAGAUGGAUUACAAGCUCUUCUUCGUCGAAUCUGUUUGUAACGAUCCUGAAAUAGUCGAGCAAAAUAUUAUGGAGGUCAAAGUCAGCAGUCCAGAUUAUGCGAAUAUGAACAAGGAAGAAGUAUUGGCCGACUUUAUGUUACGGAUCGAACAUUAUAGGGAAAGAUAUGAGCCAUUAGAUGAGGAUUAUGAGACUGAUCUGUCCUUCAUGAAAAUCUAUAACACCGGCGAAAAAGUUAUAGUGCACAAACACGAGGGACACAUACAGAGCAGAAUCGUCUACUAUUUGAUGAACAUUCAUAUUGUACCUCGUACGAUAUAUCUAACCAGGCAUGGCGAGAGUAUGAUGAAUCUGGAAGGUAGAAUAGGAGGUGACUCGGAUCUUAGUGAAAGAGGUUGGGAGUACGCCAGGGCAUUAGCUACCUUCAUUACCAGUCAGGAUAUUCAGGGUCUUAGAGUGUGGACAAGCUGGUUAAAAAGGACCAUACAGACGGCAGGGGACGUGGAAGCACCUCAGGAAAGAUGGAAGGCCCUCAAUGAGAUCGAUGCCGGCAUUUGCGAGGAGAUGACUUAUGCAGAGAUCGCCGAGAAGUACCCUACGGAUUUUGCUGCAAGGGACCAAAAUAAAUUCCCCUAUCGUUAUCCACGAGGUGAGAGCUAUGAAGAUUUGGUAGCACGGUUGGAACCUGUGAUAAUGGAAUUGGAAAGGCAGGGCAAUGUUUUGGUCGUCAGUCAUCAAGCAGUAAUACGUUGUCUGCUCGCUUAUUUCUUGGAUAAGACUUCAGAGGAACUACCGUACCUCCAGGUACCAUUGCAUACCAUCAUUAAACUGACACCCGUUGCAUAUGGUUGUAAAGUGGAACACAUACGACUACCAAUUGAUGCGGUGGAUACUCAUCGACCAAAACCAAAGAGUGCCUGCCUGACUGUUGUUUAGCGGUAGCGAUACAGAACGAUUUAUCAGUUUCCGAUCGGAAACCCUACGCUGGAGAUCGUCCACAUUCCCCCGAACCCCUUUAUCUCUUUUUUUUGUCUUUUCAAUCUAAGCCCAAUACCUUCUGAUAUUCGAAUGGCUUUUUUCAAGAACUAAACUCUCUUUCGUCGCAUGCAUUUUAUUCAAUUUAAAUGGCGUACUUUUUAGGGCUUAAGCGUUUUAUUGUGAUCGUACAUACCUUACGAUUGUACUGUACACUAAUGUAAAAUAUAUCCAAAGAUAAUGAUUGUUUUAUCAAAUAA